AUGGUGCAAGCGGAUCGUAAGAUAUUGGCUCUCCUGUAUCACAGCACCGGCGGACCCGCAUGGAGCAGAAGUCACAACUGGAAUACGAAGGCCGAUAUCUCAUCUUGGCGAGGCGUGAAAGUCAACUCCAAGGGCCGCGUGGUCCAGCUCGACCUGAGCAACAACAAACUUGAAGGAGUUAUACCCAAGGAACUAGGCAACCUACGAGCGCUGACGUCGCUGGAUCUACGUUCCAACGAGUUGAAAGAACACAUCCCGAAACAGCUGGGGAGUCUAACAGCCUUGGAACACCUCGACCUCAGCAGGAACCAGCUAGGAGGAUCCAUCCCGACGACGCUAGGCGCUCUGAGCAAGCUGAAGACUGUUCAGCUCCACGCCAACAAGUUAACCGGAAACAUCCCCAAGAGUCUGGGAGCUUUGAGGAAGCUGCAAGAGCUUUCUCUCUACAACAACGAACUUUCUGGGCCCAUUCCCAAGGAGUUGGGAGCCCUCACCGAGCUGCAGAAGCUAGAUCUAUAUCGCAAUAAUCUGUCAGGUCCCAUCCCGCCGGAGUUUGGAUAUAUCACAGCGUUGGUGUCCAUGAUCCUCUUCCAGAACAAUCUCACCGGCGGUAUCCCGAAACAGCUGGGAAACAUCACAGGGCUGCACACGUUAGAAAUCCACAGGAACCAGCUGAGCGGGAACAUCCCCUCGGAGCUAGGAGCCCUGAGAAACCUGGAGUCGCUCUGGCUUUGCGACAACCAGCUUUCUGGCCCUGUACCGGCGUCGCUGGGACAGCUCACCAAUUUGCAACGAAUCGAACUGGAUAACAACCGCAUUGUCGGAGGGCCGAUGAGUGGCGAGAGCCUUGGUUUGUGGAUGGCAAGGUUACGGAGGCAGGAGACUGCCCGUCAUGGGAAGAAAGAGACAACCAUGGAUACCAUCAGCUCCCCAAUACCAGGAGCUCGACAGGCUGGUAGCAAUGGCCAAGGAUCUCGGCGACGUGGCGUCCAAACACAUGGAGGACAAGGACAUGCAUCGAAAGGAGCUUGCCUUACCCCCGGGUUCGAAAGCGUAUUACACCACCAUCAGAACGGGUGUAUGCAAUGCAUACCUCGCUGGCAGCGUCGUCGGCAGUCGCUUGGUUCGUACAAGCAAGACCGGGGGUAUGAGCAUGCUGGCUUCGCAGCCGAAGCUUUGAAGGCUGGGGACAACAACAUCCAAACUCGGCGGGUGAUCAAGAUGACCGAUCUGGCACCUGAUGCGGUGGAGUGUUGUUCGGUGGCAAAGCUACUGGGCUUACGCCUCACCGACUACCUCUCAGACGAAACCAUCACCACGUCCUACGACGGGCGGGGAGGCCCCGUGCACAGUGCAGCAGGCUUUGGCGAGGGGGCAGGUAUAGGCGCGUGCGAAUGGAGUCAGAGCAAUGGCGGCUUGCCAGAUUGUGCAAGCGACGAAGACUUCAUGGAGUGGUUCGCUGAAGAGGCGGCGAGCUGCGUGCCAAACAACACAGGGAAGAGCACCCCUGAAGAAAAGACUGGGAGGCGGCUGGGGAAGCGACACAUCCGCAUGAUACUGGCGGCGGUGGAGCGGGGUUGUCUCCAAGGCACACACGCCAUCGAAGAAAAGGUUGAACAGCUGCUGAAGGUGGUUGUUCCCGAGGCCGGCGCGAAGCCUGUUUCGAACUCAAAUGCUCAAGAGAGAUCGUUCGAGCAGCAUCCUGCUGCGCCGGCGCCAUCCCAUGACGGAGGCUUGGACCUGCAUGCAGAGUUUGCCGCCAUGCAAGCAAAAUUGGAAGCAUUGGAGAUCGAGAAUGGGAAGCUCACGAGGAAGGUUUCGACCAUGGAGAAGAGCAUCCCAAAGCCUCAGGGAGAACCGAGCGACGAAGUGGAUGUGGGAGGAGGGCAGGCUCUUGCUUUUAAGCGCAAGGUGAAGAAGACCCAGGAGGAGGUCUGGCAGGAGAUGGCGGAAUCAGCGGCGGCGUCGGGCCAACGUCCGGUAACCCAAGACCAGCUGAGAAGGUUCGCGGAAGUCCAGGACGAACGUCAUCGCGAGCAUGACGCCAAUUUCAGCUGGGUUCAGGGAGCGCUUGGCGCACUCAAGAAGAAGAACCGAAAAUGGCGUCGAUGAGCACGGGAGUGGUUGAUUGGCACAGGCCAUGCACUUUGGAUUACUGCGCACUGAGGCCCUCUUCUGUAUGUGAUGAUGCAAGCGGUGUGCACUCCGGCGGGGUGAGAAACUUGAGCCCAAGGUUUUAGCCCGUCAAACCUUCUGUAUGUUUGACAUGUAAUGGCAGGGCAGGGAUGAUUUGUACUGUUGCGUCACACCAAUACCUCCGUACUGGUUUCCGACAGGAACUGAAGAUAUGUGCACAGG